CACAACUCAGCCUCCGCAUAUAAAAGCUUCGUCGUGUCUCUGACCUAUCAUCAUUCAAUUUUCUGAAUUCACUUCAAGCAGAUCUCAAACUACAAACAACUUUGCAAAAUGCCACCAAAAACUGGAGGGAAAGCUGCGGGGAAGAAGGCAGUGUCCAAGUCCAAGAACUUACCAAAGGGGGACGGGAAGAAGCGACACCGCAAGAGGAAAGAGUCCUACGCCGUGUACAUCUACAAGGUCCUCAAGCAGGUCCACCCCGACACUGGCGUGUCCUCCAAGGCCAUGUCCAUCAUGAACUCGUUCGUCAACGACAUUUUCGAGCGAAUCGCCUCCGAGUCCUCCCGCCUGGCCCACUACAACAAGAGGUCAACCAUCACCUCUCGGGAAAUCCAGACGGCUGUCCGACUCCUCCUCCCAGGAGAACUCGCCAAGCACGCCGUCUCUGAGGGCACCAAGGCUGUCACCAAAUACACCUCUUCCAAGUAGACGAUGACCGGGUCCGGCUCCCAUAAAAAAAAACAACCCAACGGCCCUUUUAAGGGCCACCA